AUGUUGGGUUCAAAAUUAGGUAGGCUUUACAAGAUAAAUGCCCGUGUUUCCACAAAUCUAGCCAGACACUGUGGUAGACGUGCUUAUGCAACUGGGAAAUCUACAAUCCCUACAAAUAUCAAACCAUUGGCAUUGGGUGCUAGUUUAAUUGUUGGGUCAUCAAUUGGUUAUUAUAUUGGUCAACUGAACUGCCACGAUGUUGUUAGUACAGAAUCAACAUCAAGAGGAUCCACCGUCUCACUUCAAAGCUUGGAACCAGUGAAAUACUGUGAAGAUAUUGACAAAGUUAUCACAAAAUUGAAAGAAGAGCUAAAUAAUAACGAGGAUAAAUAUUCCGUGGUGGAAUCUAACCUGGCCCAACACACCGAUACAUAUUUCAAUACUCAUCAUGCUGUAGAUGCAAAGUCCCAAGUCCCAUUAAUUAUUUUAUAUCCUGAAACAACUGAAGAGGUUUCAAAAUUGGUAAAAAUAUGUAAUGACAAUCAUGUCCCAAUGAUUCCAUUUGGUGGUGGUACCUCACUUGAGGGUCACUUUAUGCCAACCAGAGGACCACACUUGGUUGUGACUAUUGAUGUCUCAAAAUAUAUGAACAAUGUUGUUGUACUCCAUAAGGAUGAUCUUGAUGUGACCGUACAGGCUGGAGUUCCAUGGGAGGAUCUUAAUGAUUAUUUAGAGCCACAUGGACUUAUGUUUGGAUGUGAUCCUGGACCGGGAGCUUUAAUUGGUGGUUGUAUAGCAAACUCAUGUUCAGGCACAAACGCUUUCAAAUAUGGAACUAUGAAAGAAAAUGUGGUCAGUCUAACUGUUGUCCUACCGGAUGGUACUGUUGUAAAAACUAAAAACAGACCACGAAAAUCUAGUGCUGGUUAUAAUUUAAAUGGUUUGUUUACUGGCAGUGAAGGUACAUUAGGUAUAAUUACCGAAGCAACUGUAAAGUGUCAUGUUAAGGACAAAUUUGAAAGCAUAGCUGUGGUUUCUUUUAAGACAAUUCGAGAUGCGGCAGCAUGCUCUUCUGAACUUAUUCAAAGAGGUAUAAAAUUGAAUGCGAUGGAGUUAUUGGAUGAUAGUUUAAUGAGAAUUAUCAAUAAAUCUGAAAGUACUGAUAGGAAUGACUGGGUGGAGGAGCCCACUAUGUUCUUUAAAAUCGCUGGUAGAACACAAAAUAGUGUCAAUGAUUUGAUUAAGGAAGUCCAAAAUGUCGCCAAGGAAACCAACUCAACUGCAUUUCAGUUCGCAAAUAGCGUUGAUGAAAAAUUAGAGCUUUGGGAGGCACGUAAAGUUGCUUUAUGGUCCGUAAUAGAUGCCGCUAAAAGCGCCGGUGGCCCAAACGCUAAGGUUUGGACAACAGAUGUUGCAGUCCCAAUAUCUCAAUUUGCCACAGUUAUUAAUGAUACCAAAUCUGAUAUUCUAGAAAGUGGACUUACCUAUGGUAUAGUUGGUCAUGCAGGUGAUGGUAAUUUCCAUUGCUUCAUUGUGUAUAAUAGCGGGGAGGAAGAAAACAAAUGCCACCAACUAGUUGACAAUAUGGUUACAAGAGCGCUCAAAGCAGAUGGUACAUGUACAGGAGAACAUGGCAUUGGUUUGGGUAAGCGAGAUUACCUUUCACAAGAGUUGGGCCAAGAACCUAUUGAUUUGAUGAGGGCUAUAAAAAUGGCAAUUGAUCCGCACAGAGUAAUGAAUCCAGAUAAAAUAUUCCCAAUUGAUCCAAGUGAACCUAAUUUGUAA